UUUCAAGAGUGAAACUGAUUAUUUCACCCCGCAGUGGAACAGGGUGAGGGAGAGACUCGGUUAGGAUUGUGGGAGAGGAAAGGAGCACAGAUCUCAACAUCAUCAUCAUCACCAGGCAUUCCUCUUAAUCCUUCCUUCUCCAGAUACAGCCGGGGAACGAAACACGCGCGCUCCCCUUUUUCCUUAAGACACUGUCAUUUCCUCAUCGCUUCAUGCCAGACCAGAGACCGGCUAGUUUUUUGUUAUCAUUUCAGAGCUACUUUUCACGUUGUUCACUUGAGUUGUGUUUCUGCUGUGCUGGAUUAAGAGAGUUUUUGUGAGCUCCCGGCGUAGGGGAGAAGGCUUUAACGCUGUUAUCAGCUGGAGGAGACAAGCGAAGAGAUCGCCUUCUGUACGCAGACUCUUGCCGAACUGGUUACAUGCACCACAAAGUGUGGAUGCUAGAUUUUGUGAAUUGAGCGGAGCAAGUCAAGAAGAGAAAGAGUGGUGGGAAGGAUACUCGAAGGAAAGGAAGGAGAAAAAUACAAUACUUUGGAGAUAAGGGAGGAAAGAAGACGGGGACUAUGGGGAGAAAAAAGAUUCAGAUCACGCGGAUUAUGGACGAACGUAACAGACAGGUGACGUUUACAAAAAGAAAGUUUGGGUUAAUGAAGAAGGCCUACGAGCUGAGUGUUCUGUGCGACUGUGAGAUCGCUCUCAUCAUCUUCAACAGCACUAACAAACUGUUCCAGUACGCCAGCACAGACAUGGACAAGGUGCUGCUGAAAUACACAGAGUAUAAUGAGCCACAUGAGAGCCGGACAAACUCAGAUAUUGUUGAGACGUUGAGAAAGAAGGGGCUAAAUGGCUGUGACAGUCCAGACCCAGAUGCAGACGACUCAGUGGGUCACAGCCCUGAGUCUGAGGACAAGUACAGAAAGAUUAAUGAAGAUAUUGAUCUUAUGAUCAGCAGGCAAAGAUUGUGUGCCGUUCCCCCCUCGAACUACGAGAUGCCAGUUUCCAUCCCGGUGAGCAACCCCAACAGCCUGAUAUACAGCCACCCAGGCAGCUCACUGGGGAACCACAGUCUCCUGCCUCUGGCCCACCCCUCUCUUCAGAGAAACAGCAUGUCUCCAGGAGGGACACACCGGCCACCCAGUGCAGGCAACACAGGUGGCCUUUUGGGUUCAGACCUCACAACUGGUGCAGGCACCAGUGCUGGAAACGGUUACGGCAACCACCGCAACUCGCCAGGUUUGCUGGUCUCACCUGGGAACAUGAACAAGAAUAUGCAGGCGAAGUCUCCACCGCCCAUGAACCUGGGAAUGAACAACCGCAAGCCCGACCUCCGCGUGCUCAUCCCGCCGGGCUCCAAGAACACCAUGCCCUCGAUUUCUGAGGAUGUUGAUCUCCUACUGAACCAGAGAAUAAAUAACUCGCAGUCUGCACAGUCGUUGGCUACUCCAGUGGUUUCUGUAGCAACACCGACUCUGCCAGGACAAGGAAUGGGAGGGUACCCAUCAGCCAUUUCUACCACAUAUGGUACUGGAGCACUGUUCUGCCCUUUCCAAGCAGAGGCCAGAGCUUUGAAAGCCCUGAUUGCAAACCCACCACAGCCUGGAUCCUCUUCCAUGGCGUUCAGGAGGCCGCAAGAAUAUUCCCUGAGCAGUGCAGACCUAUCAUCGCUGUCUGGUUUCAACAGUGCCAGCGCCCUUCAUUUGGGCUCAGUGACAGGCUGGCAGCAGCAGCACCUGCAGAAUAUGCAGCACUCAGCCCUCAGCCAGUUAGGAAAUUGCACUAGCACUCACUUAUCUCAGAGUACAAAUCUCUCCCUGCCUUCUGCUCAAAGCCUCCACAUCAAGUCAGAACCUGUUUCUCCUCCUAGAGACCGCACCGCCACGCCAUCGGGGUACCCCCAGCAACACUCCCGCCAAGACUCGGGGAGGUCUCCCGUUGACAGUCUGAGCAGCUGCAGCAGCUCUUACGAGGGCAGCGACCGGGAGGAGCACAGGAACGAUUUCCACUCGCCCCUGGGACUCGUCAGGCCCUCCCCGGACGAAAGAGAAAGCCCCUCGGUCAAAAGAGUGCGGCUCUCAGAAGGCUGGGCCACAUGAUCGCGGCGGGUUUUUUUUAAGAAAAAAAAAGGGUUAUUUUAUUUUUCUUGCAGAGUGUGUGU